GUAGUCACUUCGCUGUAGUUGAAAUCGUACGAUUUCGGAUUGUCAGUGUUUUGUCAUGAAUUUUAGUGUGUUUUCAACUCGUUUUUGAUGCAAGUCGAACAGAAAAAAGAGGAAAAAUAUCUUGAUUUUUGUAUGAAUAGUGUAAAAGUUUAUGCAAACUGAGUGUGCGAUAGAUAAAGUGUAAAUGUUUUGUGUGUGAUAUGAAAAAUGCGGUAUGCUUGAUAGUCAGCGAGGGAAUUGCGUAAAAUUGAUUUUCGGGGUGACGAACUCGUGCUCAUUUUUCAACAAAUCAAUGUGAUCCCCAUUCUGCUGCAAAUAAGUGAGAACCACGUCACAGUCGACAAAGUGCAAGGUGUUUAAUUUGAGAAUAAAUAGGGAUUUUAUUGAGGAAAACAGACACACACACAUACACGGUAGCGCCCCAAAAAAAGCGAAAGAGAAAGAGAGAGAGAGAGUGAGAGAGAGAGAAACGGGGGCUUUUUCGACAAAGAUUUGAAAAAGAAAAGUCCAAAAGCGACAAAAGAAGGGGGCUUUUCCGCGGAAAACGAGAGAAAAAGGGGCAAAUUAUGCCGAGUAAAAAACGUCCUACAGGCACCAAUCGUCAACAGGGAGCCUCCUUUCCAUCUGGUCUCAAGCAAGCAUCUCUGUCGGGAAUUAAGCAGCCCCAUGAGUUAUCAAUGGCAAAUGGAGAUGUUGCUGGUGAUGGGCACUUACUAACAGCCAAACAACGUCAACAAUUGGACAAAAGCAUUUACUUGGCUUCACUAACAAAAAAUGAAUUGCAAAAUGAAUGCAGAAAGCGCGGUCUAAAGAUAACAGGAAAUAAGAUGGAAUUGCUCCAAAGACUAGGAUAUAAAAUGUCUCAUCAAAAUCACAAUCAAUCAACGGUGACAUCUUCCACAUCAGGGACUUCUCGUGUGCAGAAUCAGCAGCAGCAGAAGAAAACACCAAAUGGUACGGCUAUGGAUUCCUUUGUGAGGAAACAGUCUGCCCGUGAUCGAGAGAAGGAGCGCAAUGAACGGAAAAAGAUCGUCAUUUGGCGACAUCCAAUUCUCACAUCGAAGUACUGUGCCCUCGAGUGUAUGACACUCAUGCAAACAUAUGGACGAAAAGUGUCAGACCACAAAAAACUCAUGGCUGUUCUCGUGGCUGCUGUGGCAAUUGUUAUUUCUCUGUACCAUGUACCGGGGAAGCAUCAGGCGUACAUUGACAUGAUCCGGGUGCACAUGUGGUUUGUGACGUACUGGGUGGGUCUGGGUGUGCUUUCGUCAGUGGGUUUGGGCACGGGACUGCACACAUUCCUUCUGUAUCUGGGACCCCACAUAGCCAGUGUCACGAUGGCAGCUUAUGAGUGCAACUCACUGAAUUUUCCAAAACCACCCUAUCCAGAUGAGAUAAUCUGCCCCGAGGUGGUGGAUCCUAAGUUCAUUCCAUCGCUGUGGAAUAUUAUGGGGAAAGUGCGCGUGGAGGCAUUCCUCUGGGGCGCUGGUACAGCUCUUGGGGAAUUGCCACCCUAUUUCAUGGCCAAAGCGGCCCGGUUGUCGGGCUACGAUCCGGACGAUGCUGAGGAUCUGCAGGAGUUUGAGGAGCUGAAGAAAAAGCGUGAACAGGGAGCCGACCUCAAUUUUCUCGAUCGUGCCAAGUUGAAUAUGGAGAGGCUUGUGGAACGUGUUGGAUUUCCCGGGAUUCUCGCAUGUGCAAGUAUUCCCAAUCCACUUUUUGAUCUGGCUGGAAUAACAUGUGGGCACUUUUUGGUGCCUUUCUGGACCUUCUUCGGAGCAACAUUGAUUGGCAAGGCUGUGAUUAAGAUGCAUAUCCAGAAGAUAUUUGUGAUAAUUGCAUUCAAUGAGACACUGAUUGAGAAGGCGCUGGAUCUUUUGGCAAAGAUACCUUUCAUGGGUAAGAGACUUCAGGAGCCAUUUAAAGCAUUCCUGCAGAAUCAGAAGGCACGUCUACAUCGGGGUUCGGCCAAGAAGACUUCGGACACGGGGAAUCUACUGGCGCGUGUCUUUGAGAAAUUUGUCGUGGCCAUGAUUGUGUACUUUGUGGUGUCGAUCAUCAAUUCCCUGGCCCAGAGCUAUCAUAAGCGCAUUCACAAGAAGGGAGGUAAGGUACAUCGGAAAGUAGCGAGAGACUAGUCGAUAAAGGGUGGGCUGACUCUAAGCAAUGAGUGUUUAUAUGGUUCUUUAGUUAGAUGAAAUUAUUAUUUUUUGGUUAUUUAAUUAAAAGAAAAAGAAGACGGAUUUUGUUUUUUUUUUAGUGAAGAAAAACCCCUUCAACAGGAAAUGCUUCACUGCAAAAAUCCAAAUUGUUUUAUUUUGAUUUGAAAAUUGAAGGAAAAUUCAGUAGCUUCUUUGGGCUUUCGAAUACAGUUAAAAGAACGUUGUUUGUAGAUGUGUAAAGAAAAAUAAAAGUAUUUUUUUCUGUUUUGACAAUGAAGGUAUAAACUUUUUUUUUUAUUUUGAAGUAUAUGGUGAAAAAUAUCCAAAGAAAUGAUAUUAGGUAAAGAGAAACAUUUAAACAAAAAAAAACAGGCUUUCUUCCCCGUCAAGAAAAAUUGGCAAGAUGGGAAAAUUUGCUCAGAGGUGUUUUUUGCAAGCGUUUGUAGUAAAAAGAAAAAUGAAAAGAAAAAUAAAAUAAAAUGAAUUUUUGUAUUUAAUGAGACAUGAAUGAAGACACUAGAAUCCUCCCCACGAAGAACCUAGAUGAUCCUCCUUAAGCAUAAGUAAUCAAAUGAUAUAGAUGAAAAAUUGCCAUUCCCUGAUUAAAUAUUAAAGAAAAAAGAAAAACAAAAAUAAGUGAGAAAUAGAGAAAAAAUUAUUGUAUAUUAAUUAAUUGAAUUUAUCUCACAAAUUAUUGAUGUAGAUGAUAAAAUGAAGAAGAAAAAAAAUAGUCGAAUGUGUAUUUAUUGCAAAGAAUUGUAAUUAUUAGGAUUUUUUUUUGUGUGUUUGAGUUCCUGUGGUAGAAAAAGAAAGGGUUUUUGUGUUUUUGUGGAUCGUCGAAUCCAGCAAAAAUUACCAAUUACAUUUAAUAUAUACACGAAAAAUAUUUACAUAAAUUUUUCUCAUUUUUAAGUGUGUAAUUAUUAAGUACAAUUUACAUGGGUAUUGUGUUCUCAUGCAAAAGAACAGAUUCUUACAAGGAAGUUGAGACAUGAAACGAGAAGAAAAAUAAAUAUACAGAAGUAAUGGA